AUGUUGCCCCGGCUGGUCUGCAUUAAUGAUUAUGAACAGCAUGCCCAAUCAGUGCUUCAAAAGUCAGUAUAUGAUUACUACAAAUCUGGGGCAAAUGACCAGGAGACCUUGGCUGAUAAUAUUAGAGCAUUUUCUAGAUGGAAGCUGUAUCCACGGAUGCUCCGGAAUGUUGCUGAUAUCGACCUGUCGACUUCUGUUUUAGGACAGAGAGUCAGCAUGCCAAUCUGUGUCGGAGCUACUGCCAUGCAGUGCAUGGCGCAUGUGGAUGGGGAGCUGGCCACUGUCCGAGCCUGUCAGACCAUGGGAACUGGCAUGAUGCUGAGUUCCUGGGCCACCUCCUCAAUAGAAGAAGUGGCAGAGGCUGGCCCUGAGGCACUUCGCUGGAUGCAACUGUACAUCUACAAGGACCGUGAGGUCAGCAGGCAGCUAGUGAAGCGAGCUGAGCAGAUGGGUUACAAGGCCAUAUUUGUGACUGUGGACACCCCUUACCUGGGCAAUCGCUUUGAUGAUGUGCGGAACAGGUUCAAGCUACCGCCACAACUAAGGAUGAAAAACUUUGAAACCAGUGAUUUGGCAUUUUCUCCCAAGGGCAAUUUUGGAGACAACAGUGGACUUGCUGAAUAUGUGGCUCAAGCCAUAGACCCGUCUCUCAGCUGGGACGACAUCAAAUGGCUCAGAGGAUUGACAUCACUGCCUAUUGUUGUAAAGGGCAUUUUGAGAGGUGAUGAUGCUAAAGAAGCUGUGAAACAUGGUGUGGAUGGGAUCUUGGUGUCCAAUCACGGGGCUCGACAACUGGAUGGAGUGCCAGCUACGAUUGAUGCCCUGCCAGAAAUCGUCGAGGCUGUGGAAGGGAAGGUAGAAGUCUUCCUAGACGGGGGUGUAAGGAAAGGCACCGAUGUUCUCAAAGCUCUGGCCUUGGGAGCCAAGGCUGUGUUUGUGGGGAGACCCAUCAUAUGGGGCUUGGCUUUCCAGGGAGAAAAAGGUGUUCGAGAUGUCCUUGAGAUACUGAAGGAAGAAUUCCGGCUGGCCAUGGCUCUGAGCGGGUGCCAGAAUGUGAAAGUCAUCGACAAGACAUUGGUGAGGAAAAAUCCUUUGGCCGUUUCCAAGAUCUGA